AUGUUUAGGAGCGUGUCUUCCGAUUGCUUGAAAUGCCCUACCUUCCGCGCAGGAAAAUGCGCAGGAACACUGAAGCGGUUGAUGGCGACUGAAACGUCGCAGAUCGCUCGCAAAGACAAAAAAGAGGGGGAUAUUUCCUCUGUAUUCUCAACUUUCUCCGGUAGAAAGAGUUCUCCACUGCCUGAAGGUUUCCGGGACCUGAAGCGUAACCUGACCACCGGAUUUGAAGAACAGAUUCAAAAGUCAUGGGAUGAGCUUGUUGAGGUUCUGAAAAUCCGAACUGAGGAAGUCGCUACCAAACGAGAGGCGGCUGGGAAUGUAUCUCCAGAUGAUGUUACUGCCAUCCGACGGACUGGUGUUGCUGUUAUCAGAGGUGUUGUGGGCAAAGAUGUCACAGAAGCGCUUCUCGCUGAUGUUCGACAAUACCUGACAUCUCGACCUUUCAAAGGCUUUCCGUCUACUUCGGAUAAGAAGGUUAUCUACGAAUCUUAUUGGAGUCCUUCACAAGUGAAAGCGAGGUCGCAUCCCAAUAUGCUUGCCACACAAUCGUGGAUGAAUCAGCUCUAUUCUGCCGAUGCAGAUCAAAAGGUUGAUCUCACCGUCCCGCUCACCUACUGCGAUCGUGUUCAAAUUCGCCCACCUGGCGAUAAGCAUUUUGGACUCCCGCCUCACGUUGAUGGUGGAGGAGUGGAAAGAUGGGAAGAUCCAGCUUAUAAUCAUACAUAUCGAAAGAUAUUUCAAGGACAGUGGCAAGAGUACGACCCAUGGGAUAUCACUGGCCGCCUUGACGCUGAUAUGAACAUGUAUGAUGGACCAGGAGGUUGCUCGGUCUUCCGAAGCUUCCAAAGCUGGCUCGGACUAUCGCGCCAUGGACCUCAGCAAGGUACUCUCGUCGUUCACCCUAUUUUGCAACCCAGCACUGCUUAUUGGUUGCUUCGGCCCUUCUUUAAACCCACCCGGAAAGAUUCUUUAGACGGAUGGAAGUUUUCUCUUGAUGAUGAGGAGGGCAACAUUUAUCUUCAUGGUGCCAAUCCGGGAACUGCACAAGAGCACACUCCCGCACACCAUCCUCAUUUGAGACUGACUGAAACUAUGAUUCCCUAUCCGACUGUGGAGCCUGGUGAUACAGUUUUCUGGAGUGCUGAUACCAUUCAUGGAACAGAGAUGGACAACACAGGCGAUAUUGAUGCUUGUGUGUUUUACAUUCCAUCUGUUCCAUUGACCCCUAAUAAUAUGCGAUAUGUCGCACAACAAAAAGAGGCUUUCUUGAAAGGAAUUCCUCCACCAGAUUUUCCAGGUGGUCUUGGAGAGUCAGGGUAUUCCGAUCGAGCUACAAACGAGGAUAUUCAAUGUGAAGCAGGCAAAGUUGCCAUGGGAUUAAGCCCUGUCAGACUUCAGGGUAAGGAUGAGAGAUCAAGGAAACUUGAAGAAGAAGUCAAUAAAAUCCUCGGCUUUUAG